AUGGAAAGAGAAAAAAAACAAAGUAAAUGCGAUAUUCAUCCAAACUUCAAUAAUAAUUUUUUAUUAUUUGAAGAAGAUAAUAUUCACACUAAAAUUUGCUUAGUUUGUGCAAAAAAAUUAACUAAAGAUGUUUAUAAAAUAAUAGACCAUGAUGAAUUUUUAUUUGCAGAUUAAUAUCACAUUUUCUCAAGUUUUCCUCCUUUAGAAGAUGAAAAAAUCUAUAAUAUUAUAUAAAACUUAUAAAUUUAAAAAGCUAAUUCUAUUUAGGAGUAUUUUGUUGAAAAAAUUAAUAAUUACUUCACAUCUCUGAAAAAAUAAAUCAAUUAAAAAAUAGAUUUACUUCAAAAUCAAGUUAAGUAAAAACUUAUUUCAUAAAUGGAUAAUCUAAACUAGGAUUAAGGAGACAAAUUUUUAAAGAUUUACAACGAAGUAUCAUCUAAAUUUGAUAUUUAAUAAUUAUUAAAAGAACACUAAGAAGAUUCUGAACAAAGCAUAAAAGAAAUAAUUAAAAAAAAAUACUAAAAUAUUAAGGAAAAUACAGAUAAAUUAUAAAAAAGUAUUGCAGAAUAUUAAAAAAUCAUAAAUAAAGUUGAUUUAACAAUUCCAAAUUAAAUUUAAUAAAAAAUAUUAAAUCUAAUUGAUGAUAUAGACUUUUUUAGUAAUAAUAAUAUUGGUAACAUAGAAUUUGAAAAAUCAAAAUCAUAUGGUUCUUCAUAAAAUUUAUAAAUAUAGAGAUUGUUAAAUAGAGAAAUCUAAAUAACUUAAUCAAUUGAUUCAAGUUAUGGUGUUUCAUAUGCAAAUUUUAUCUUGGAUCCAAACUAGAAGUAUAUAUUUAGAGUUAAACUAUAAACAAAUUCUGAUCCUAAUAGCUUUUUAUUAAUAGGUAUUAUCAAAGAACAAGAUAAAGAUAAUUAAAAAUUAUAUAAUACAAUAUGUUAUAAUGAGAGAGGAGAUUUAAAUACAAUAACAAAGGUAGUAAAAGGAAAAGAUGUAUUUGAAGGAACAAAAAAAAAUAUCGAUAAAGAAAUAGAAGUGAGGAUCCACUUAGCAUAGAAAAUGAUCAAAGUAGCAAAUUAUCCAAAUUAUGAAAAUAUAGCAGAGUUAUAAAAUAAUUAGCUUAUUUUAGAAAACACAUAAUACAGGUUUGCAGUUGAACUAUAUAGUUGUUUUCAUAAAAUAAUAAUAACUCAUAUUUAACUUGUUGAUGAAUUUAAUUAAAAUAUGUGA